ACGUAAGUUGCGUAGCCAAAGAAUUUCGACGUGUAACGUUAAAUCCGUGGUAACGUAACCCUUCGGGCUAUUUACGGUUUAUUUUUCUAACUAUGACUUUAUAACUUGAGCCAACGCGUUAGUUACACUCCGGAAGUGCAUGGCUAUUCGUCGAGAUUUUCGGUUUUGGGGAGAAAUUAGGAUUUUUGCGACUUAUUGUUGUGAUGAUGGAGACAAUGCGAAGGCUCGCCUCGACGUCUGAGCGUCUGCAGCGAUGAGAAAAGGACUUCUGGGAAGACGCAGGACAGGAAACUGUCCAAGUGUCUUAAUAUAAACGGGAGAUAAGACAAAUAGAGACGGUGGACCCCCCCCCGGUUGUUUCUGCCGGAGCACAGUUAGCUUAGCAUGGCUGCUGAGCGUCAACUAUAACGUUGUUAUUGAUGGUGGGACGUGUCCAGAUGUCCAAACCACGGCCCGGGGACAGCUGAGUGGACGUUUUCAGACAGAGAUACCCGAAUAUUGAAAGAUAUUAAAGGAUAUUAAAAGGAGAUCGCCAAACGCACACGGCCGGAUGUGGUUUUAAAAGUCGGACAUGAAGCCGCGGAGGAAAGAUGUUCAGCCACGGUUGGUGGUUAAAGGAGAGGUUUCCCCUGAGCAGCAGGAGUGUAGCUCCAGUGUGGACCAGCAGGAGCCAGAGUCCCCCCCACACAUUAAAGAGGAACAGGAGGACCUGUGGAGCAGUCAGGAGGGAGAGCAGCUUCAAGGACUGGAGGAGGCUGAUAUCACCAAGUUCCCAUUCACUCCUGUCCCUGUGAAGAGUGAAGAUGAUGAAGAGGAAGGGCUUCAGAGACCAAGUGAACACAUGGAAACAGAAGCUGAUGGAGAGGACUGUGGAGGACCAGGACCAGCCAGGAACUCACAUCCACUUGUACAGCCAGAGACUGACAAUAGUGUCGAUAGCGAUGUUUGGAAGGACGCCAGCGAAGGUCUGUCAGGUUUAAACUCCCUGGAACGUGAGGAGGUUCCCGUCGGUGAUGACAAAGAGUCAUUUAGCUGUUUUGAGUGUGGGAAAAAAUUUGGAACAAAGCAACAUCUGAAGAGACACAUGAAGUCUCACACGGGAGAGAAGCCUUUCAGCUGCUCGGUUUGUGGUAAAAUCUUCAUACAGAAGGUGCAGCUGACGGAGCACAUGAGAACUCACACAGGUGAAAAGCCUUUCAGCUGUUCGGUGUGCCAGAAAGCGUUUGCACGCAGGCAGCAUUUACAGAGACACGUGAUGAUCCACACGGGAGAGAAGCCUUUCAGCUGCUCGGUUUGCGAUCAGGGAGUCUUGAGCAAAGAACACCUGAAGACGCACAUGAGGACGCACACGGGCGAGAGACCGUUCAGCUGCUCGGUGUGCGGCAAAGCUUUCAUUGGGAGCGGGAAUCUGAAAAGACACAUGAGGAAUCACACGGGAGAAAAGCCUUUCAGCUGCUCGGUGUGCGACAAAAGCUUCGGACAGAAGGUGCAACUGACGCAGCACAUGAGGGUCCACACGGGAGACAAGCCCUGCGUCUGCUCGGUUUGUGAUCUGAGGAUUUUGAGCGAGGCGCAUCUGAAAGUACACAUGAGAACGCACACGGGGGAGAAGCCGUUCAGCUGCUCGUUUUGUGGCAAAGGUUUCACCCAGGCGGGGAACCUGACGCACCACAUGAGGGUCCACACGGGGGAGAAGCGAUUCAGCUGCAGCGUUUGUGACAAGACGUUCGCCUGGCUGAGUCAGGUCAAAACUCACAAAUGUGUCGGUCGUCCGUGCUCACAGCAAACUCAAACGGAGGAGGACAGAGAGGCGGAGCCUCCAGCCAGCAGAGGAACUCAGCACAUGGAAACAGAAGCUGAUGGAGAGGACUGUGGAGGACCAGAACCAGCCAGGAACUCAAAUCCACUUUCACAACCAGAGACUGAAGACCAGACUGGAGACUCUGCUGAACCUGAGACUGAGGACAGUGAUUUUUUGAAAGAGAGAAGUGUGUGUUUGUCAGGUGUAAACUCUCUGAAACAUGACGAAGUCCCUCAGAGCGAUGAAACAUUUAACAACUCUCCCCGGCAGAUCGACAGCAGGAGUCAAACGGGAGAGGGACAUUUUACAGAAGCAGGAAGUCUGAGGCGACACGUUAAAGAGGAGCAGGAGGAACUGUGGAUCAGUCAGGAGGGAGAGCAGCUUCAAGGGCUGGAGGAGGCUGAUAUCACCAAGUUCCCAUUCACUCCUGUCCCUGUGAAGAGUGAAGAUGAUGAAGAGGAAGCUCAGUCCUCACAGCUUCAUCAGAGACACACUCAACACAUGGAAACAGAAGGUACCUGUGAGGUUUUGAAGAAGAGCGGAGAACCUCCGUCAGGUUUAAUCUCUCUGAAGAUAACGGAGAUAGCGCCAUUAAACCCCAGACUCGCAUCCACGGUGUCGGCUUCAGCUUCCUGUUCCUCCGACGGCGAGCAUUUUUACCAGCGUCCCCGGCAGCACCCGGACGUAGAGAUCCGCGACGUGACACCGGAGGAUCACCUGACGCUCCUCUGGAUGAGCCAGGGCCGGGCAGAUCGCUACGGCUGCUUGCUGUUCCGGUUCAUCACCCCGGAGGAGAAAUACCGGGCGUGGUGCGUCACGACAAACUGGGACGGGUCCAGAGGGAAGUGGGCACUCCCGGGGAACCUGAAGGCGUUUCUCCUGCACACCCUGCACCAGAGGUUCCACCCCAUGGCGGCGAGGGAGGAGAAGAUGCUGAUCGACCGCGUCAACGAGGUGCUGCGGACGCCGCGGCAGUUUUCCAUGGGACUGAUCCCCGAGGCCGGCGGCUCCCAAACUGGAACCAUUCAGUCGGUCGACUCAUUCGAUAGUAACGACCGAUCAACAUCAUCCCCAACGGCGUAGUGUCGGCCUUCCAGCGUUCACACCGCCAUCUCUGCAGAAAUGCAUUCUCUAGAUGUUAAAAUUAAUGUCAGAAAAUGUUGUUCUUAGAUUCUCAAAUGUGGAGGUUCUCCUGCUUGUCUCUUGUUUUGUAUCAUAUUAAUCUUAAUAUCUUUCAGUUUUGGACAUUCAAAGACAUCAGCUUGGACUUUAAGGACCUGGGAAUGGAAAUGUUUUUACAAUUUUUCUGACAUUUUACAGAUCAAACAAUCAAAUAAUUGAAAAAUAAUGGGCAGAUUAAUCAAUAAUGAAAUGAAUUAGUUGCAGCCCUCAGACAAACCUGCAGUCAGGGAAGAGCUUAGACAUCUGAGAUCGUCUUGUUCCCUCGGCUGUUGGCUCUUUAAAAACGGGAGCAACUACAGGCAAAAACAUCAGUUUUUUUAAGUAUGGAUUCUGGUUUAUCUUCCAUAAGAAUAGAAUGCAGGACCUCUACUGUAACAGAGUAUUUGUACACUGUAAUAUUUGUACUUUUACUGCAGUAACAGAUGAGUGUGAAAACGCAGCUUUGUGUUUCAGAGGUAUCAAACAAAGAAGACACUGAUCAUUUACACACACACAAACAGACAAGCACACGCACACAGACACACAUACACAGACACACACACACAGAGACAAGCACGCGUGCACACACAGACACAUAAACACGCACAGAGAGACACGCACACGCAAAUCUGGAGAGCAUGUAACGUUACAAUCACCUCUGUGCAGCCUCAUCACAGGAACAUGUCACUGUUUAUAAUAUCUCAUAUUCACGGCUGUGUUGACUGCUUUAAACAUUAAAGACAAUCCAACCGGAUAUUUCCGGUUAGCUUCUGCUUCUAGCGUGGUUUUCUUCUUCUCCUGGGAUGUUUUUAGAUCAUGCACAA